UGCAGGGGAGUCUGCUCCACCUCCACUCCCAAACAGAAAUCCUCCACCUCCUUCAACGGAAAUAAUGUUUAAACAACAGUCACAGAGUCAUUGUGUAAGUCAAGACGAUGAAGUUUAUGAGCAGCCCCAGAUUCCUGUGCAGGAUUAUUAUGAAGACAUGUCAGCACCACAAAGUAAACCAGUUGUUACACGGCCACCUUUUAUGGCAGAAGUAGAGAGAACAUAUCCGUCCAACGCAUCAUUUGACCACAAGAAACCUCCAACAUUGGAAGAAAUACGGAUACAGUUAAAUAAAAAAUUUGCAGCAGUGAAACCAGAGCCAUCUAGUGCAAUUGAAAGAAAGAUCAGUGAUCCCCAUAAACCUGUUAAGAAAUUUAACACCCCCGAUAGGCUAAGAAGAAAAACUACUGGAGGCUCAUAUCCUUACAUGCCAGAUGUACCGCCAAAACCGCCCAACCAAGGAUUUAAUCAAAGUCCAGAUCUUUCAGAUGAAGAAGAUGAUUGGGCUGGUGAAUUUUCCGACGAGGAAGCCGAUGACAAUUCAGAUAAUGGUGAUUAUGUAGUUCCAGAUGGAGGAAUUGUAGAUGACCAUGCACCAGCACCCCCUCCCUCAGUGAAAGCACCACCUGUACCUCCUUCUAAAAGGACACUUCCUCCUUUACCACCUGAACCAGGUGUAACACCAGUCCCAACACCUGUUGUAACACAACCUGAAAAACCAGUGGAAAGAAAAACAGAUUCACCGGUCAACAAAUCACCCAAUAUUAUAGAGAUUCCGAACAGAUUUAAUCAAGGUAAGCAAAUUCCUGCUGAAAGUAAAGCAAAACCAGCACCACCAAGCAAACCACCAAAACCAGCACCGUUCAACAACGGGUGUCACAGUGCAUCGGAUGAAAGCUCCAGUGGAGGCUCCAUUACACAAGACGUUCGUCCCACUCCACCACAGAAAUAUCCAACCAAGGUUCUGGUAUUACCACCGCAUGCUCCUUCAAAGUUUCCACAAGUCAAACCCCCUGUUCCUCAAAUUCCUUCGUCGCGAGAUGAUAAUAUUUACGAUGAUGGAACAACUGAGGUUUUGUCUUCUCAGCCAUGGUUUCAUGACAGCCUUGACAGAACUGAAGUAGAAAGUAAACUUAAGAGACUUAACAUGAAUGGUGCAUUCUUGGUUCGCCCCAGCAAAAAGGAUCAUCCUUAUACAUUAGUGGUAAUAGCAGAUGGUAAACCAUACAACUUACCAUUGAGGAAAAGGGAUGAUAAUAAAUUUGCAAUCGGCAAGUAUAAGCCAGAUGAAGUUGCGUUCUCAUCUGUAGUAGACUUGAUAGAGCAUCACAAAAGUAAUAACAUAAUACUAGCUAAAGGUGGAACAGUCAGGUUAACAAGAACCCCAGAGAAAUCUUAACAUGCCCAACAAUUGCCUUGAAUGAUUCCACUUUCUCUGUGCAUUACUUUUACAUUUUGCCUUGUAAUGCGUAAAAUAUUUAUUGUUUUGUUUUAAUAUUAAUGUGACAGCUAUCAAAACAUUCAUCUAAUUCAUUGUUUUUGUGUCAUAAAAAACAAUUUUUAAAAAUGCAUUCAAAAUCAAAAUCUGUUACGGGUUAGUACUCCUCUUUAAAUUUAAAAGUUAAGAAGAAAUAGAUCAAUUAAUUGAAUAAAAAAAAAAGUAAAAUUCUGUGUAAGUAAAAAAAUAAUAAGACUUCAUAUUUUGAUUAUUAAUACUGAUACACAAGUUAUAAUAUUUUUGAAAUUUAAUUUUAUAUUUAAAGAAAAUCUGUAAUCAUAAGAAUAAUCUACUUAGGUUGAUAAUAAAAAAUUGCAUGUCUAUAUUUAUAUUUUAGUUUUAAGAUCAUUUAUCCAAAGGGGUUUCUAAAAAAUAUGGUAUAUAAUUAUUUCAGUUGAAAAAUAAUUUUAAAAAAAAAACAUAAUAAUAAAUAAAAAUUAAAUUAACUUGUUGAUUUUAAGUAAUAUUUUUAAAACUUGUUUGUAAAUGUGAUUGUGUUUCUUAAAAUUUCUAUUACUUUCUUUGUUGCAUGCAUAAUUUAUUCUACAAGUUUUAUUGAAUCCACAGCAUUCCUUUAAAAAUUAGCUAGGCAUUUAAAUCUUACAUUUUAAAGUAAGAGUGUUUGUAUUUGUACAAAGUUGUAACAAAUACUAUGCUAACAGGUGGAAAGUAGUAUUGGUCAAUAUUUGUUAAUGCCUAAAAAUAAAUUAAAAUAUCUCAUAAAAUUGUACAUACAAUUUUUAACAACAAUCAAUGUUUUGUAAAAAUAUUUUAUAAAUUAAAAAAUAAUUGAUAUAUUGGUUUUACAUUUAAAUUUUAAAAAUAUUUUAAUUGUUAUGCUAUGCACACUAAAAAAUCAAAACUUGAGUAUUGUAUUUAAUUAAUAAUUCAGAAAUAAUGCUAUAUUAAUUAUGUAAGUUAAAAAUAUCAAUCCAAAUUCAUUUAUUUUUAAUCUGACCACAGUUUAGGCUACAAAACUAGUGCCUUAACAAAUCUAUUAGAUAAUAUUUUGUUUUUCAAUACAUAAGGAGCCAUACGUAAUAUUUGUUUUUUUAACUUUAGAGUAAUUAAAACUGUAAAUAAAAUAGGCCGACCAUUUAAGUUAUUUUUUAAUUGUGGCAAUGUUUAGAAAAUCUAGUUCAAACAUGUAUUGCAUCACAUACUCCUACACUUGUCUAAUGGCACUAAUCUUUUAAAUCUAAAUACACUACUUACAUCACCAAAAUGUAAAAUUGAAAGUCACAAUGUAUUGGUAAAAUUUGGUUAAACCACAUCAAAUGCUAUUAAAAUAUCAAUUUAAAAAAUUGAAUGUUUUUUAAUUUCAAAAUAAAAUGCAUUUUUUAGAGAGACCAAAAGUAGUAUGUGUGAGUAUGUCAAUAUUGGAAGUUACAAUUAAAAUAUUUUGUAAGAGUUAACAAAAUUAUUUUUUACCAACAAUUUUUCAAAAUGUUUUGUCUAUGAUUUACAAACUUAAAUAAUAAUUAAUAAAGUAAUUACAUUUUAGACUUCCAAAUAUUUAAAUUAUAAUAAGACUUUAUAUUAUAGAUAUCAAAGCCUGAAGAGUAUAGUUCAUUUUUUAAUUACUAAUUACAAUAAAAUCAUUCUGGUUACUCUAAGUAAUGUUAUACCAAAUUAAUUAACCCACACACUUUUUAAUUUAAUUGUAUGUUUUCAUUAGGUUUUUUUUUAAUCUGAGAACAGAUUAAAGUGCCCUUAACCAAUGAUUUGUGGAAUUUUUUAUAAACAUCUGAAACAGUCUUUCUCAAAUGGAACUGGUACUUAACUUUACUAAAUAUAUUACUUAAGUUCUUUUUUUGAAUAGUGGCAACAUUUAGAAAAUCUUGUUCAAACAUGUAUUGCAUUCAACAUUCCUAUACUAGUUUUUAUUUGUAUGGCACUAAUUUUGUAAAUUUAUAUCCACCACCCAUAUCCCUAAAAAAUUAUAAAUUUUAAUAAGUGUUGGUGAAGCCACGCCUAGUGCUACCAAAGUAUUACUUGCAUAAUUUUUAACUAAAAUAAAUGUUAUUUAUUUUAUGAAUAUAAUAAAGUCUUUCUUGCCAGGCGACAGGGACUAAUACUGUCCAGAACAUCUGACUUAAUCAAUGUUUUUUUUUUGUUUGUAUUUUUUGCCCAAAACAUCAAAUUUAGGUAGCUAGGUUACUGUUGUGUGAAAGAGGUAGGAAUAAAAUAUACUGUAAUUUGUCUUAAGAAAUUAUCCUAUUUGCCAGUACAUACUGUAAUAUAAACAGUUGUGAUGUAAGGAUUUGACUGUUAAAAAUCAAUAUACCAUUAUACUUUUUUACUAGGGUAAAAGUAUUUAUGUUUAUUAAUUAACAAGAAGAAGUAUUACAAAACUAUCUUUUUUUCUUAAAUAUUUAUUUAAACUUGAUUUCUUUAAGGAAAAUAAAUUCCAAAAAAAAAUAAAAACUUUUUUUUCUUGAAUUUUUUUA